CUCUUCCCUCCCCUCCCCAAUUAAAACAGUUCAUUAAUAAUUCCUUCCUGGGUUGAAAAUAAACAUUGUACCACAGGGCUGGUUUAUACACAGUUUGCGUACUGAUUUUAACUAAAUUGGCUUAAGAAACUGAUUUAGUUAAGUAGGUGUAGCCCUUUUGCCUUAAAUAAAAUUAAGCUAAAUCAUCAUAUGGCAUUUUUAAACGAUCACUGUUUUUGAGAUAAAGGUACCUCUGACUCUUUUGUUCCCUCUAUCUACCACCUUUUUCAGGGCAGAGUCCCUCGAUUCUCUCCUUCUACGCUGGGGAUUUAGGGUGCAACUUCCUCCCACACUUCAGUGUGAUCUAACAGACUCAGUCACUGCAUCUGACUUAGUUCAGCAUCUGUAGUCCUGUUCUGUCAGUGACAAUGACAGGGCUAACCAGUGACCAGACAGCCUUUAUUAACCAAGUAUUAUUUACUCAGAAUAAAAGCAUUUCUUUAAAAUUAUAUAGAACUUACAUGCAGGUCUUAGCUUACCAGGCAGUCAUCGCAUCUUCCAUGGAGAUACUGGUAGAUCCUGUGGAAAGGACCUUUGUGCCUGGUCAGUUUCAUGUCAGUUCUUGAGUGAGUGUAAGCUCCCUUCCUAUGUCAGGCUGAUCACUUUUAUACAAUUUUCAGUUCUUUGGGCUUCAGAUUUCUUCAGUCAGGUUAAAUAAAUAUAUGCAAUUUCCUCCAGGAGUAAGACUCCUUCAGACUUGCUGCCUGCUUAGGGAUUUACACUGAUAAUCCCUCCAUCCCCUGCUCUCAGUGAUUUUAGUUUCUUCUGGAAACACCUGUAGGUCCCUCAUGGACCUAGAAUACAAGCACUAGCCUAUAAUGACACAUAUAACAUUUUUAAAAUUGAUACAAUAACCAUUGAAUAUUCCAUAUUGCAAUACAAUCUGUUGUAUAAACCAAGUUAAAAGUGUCUACACAAAGGGGAUUGUUCCAAUUAAGUGAAUUGGUUUCUAAACCACUUUAGUUAAAUCAGUGCAAAAAACUGUGUAUAGACUAAUCCUAAAGACUUCUCUACACUGGACAGUUUUGCCAGUAUAGUUAUACAGUUAUAAGUGGCUGGUUUUUUUUUAUUUUGUUUAAGCCCGUUCUUAAAUGACAUUAAUGAAAAGAGGAACUCCUAUAUUGGAAUGUGUACAUGAACUAUGGCUACAGUUUGCCCUAUGAGUUAAUGUUGAUUCCCAGCAUGCAUACACAUACUUGCACUAGCUUGAUGAGAGCUAAAUGUGAAUAAAAAUAGCAGCAUCACCGAUAGGGUUCAGGUGUGUGUGAAAUGGGGCACCUACCCUGUGCCAGUGCUGCCUGGGCUACAGAGGCUACACUACUAUUUAUACCCAUGUUAGAUUUCAUUGAGUUAGUGCAAAUAUGUGUACAUGAGCUGGAUGCAAAGCAGAACUUUCACUGCUGUUACUGGGAGAAUAUGGCACUUUCUAUAAUUAAAAUAUUAAUUAUUUGUUCAGUGCCUUAUUGUCUAAUUCAGUAUCACUGGGUGAGAAAAUAUGUUCCGCUUUAGGCCUUUCACUAAUUUUGCCCUUUGUUUCUCUUCCUUCCAUAUUUUCCUUUCUCAUUAAGUUUACCUUUGUUUUUUUAUGUUUCUCUCUUUGCACCAAUUACAUGUGUGCUUCACUUCUAUCACCUUUUUUGUUCCAUUUGCUAAAAUGAUCAGCACAAGGCUACUUAGUGUUGACAAGGAAGUGCCAUUACUGGGCGUUAGAGAUGACACUAUGGUAAAAUUACUAAGGAUCAGGGAAAUUCACACAGACUUUCAGCCACUAUUUCACGUUGUCUACAUUGCCAAGCACACAUCAGUGAAGUCACACAUGGACUCCCCUUUGUAAGCGUAUCAAUGCAAACGACAGAGAUUUGAAAACCUGAGUUACCCAACAAAAGCUGAGGUGCCACAGCAAGUGCAUGCAGCCUUCAAGCCAUAAAAACGCAACUUUGAUACCCCUGGGUGUGUAUGACUGUAGCUUUAAUGCGAUAUCCCGGGGGCGGGAGGGAGCACAGGUCCACACUGUGCACCUACGAUCACAAGCCUGCUCUGCAUUUGGCCCUUUCGCUCUCGCCCCUCUUCUGGCUGCUCCCAUUUAUCCUCUCUCCGCUUAACCCAUCCCCCCUGCGCCCCAACUAGCCUUUCUCCCCCUCGGCUUCCAGCGCCCGGCUUUGUUCUCGCGGAACAUUUGAGAGCAAAGAAAGGGCAGCGACUUCAGCUGCGGUUCCUGCGCAUGCUCACAUCACCGGGGCACGCUCCGGGUCCCAGUGACGUGCGUCAACAGCGGCAGGGCUAGUCGCGAAGCCGGUGGGGGGAGGGGGUGAACGCCGCGCGCGCGCUCGCGCCCCGUUUCCCAGCCCAGCGCCUGUGAUUGGUGCAGGCCCCGGACCUGGCGGCCCCGAAUGCAAGGCCCCGGCGGCGGCGGAGUCCUGCGGCCCGACCGACCCUCAGCCGGAUCCGACCCCGCGGCACGGCGCAGGGACCCGCAAAGCUAUUUGUGAAAGAGCUUAGCUGACUAUGGAUCCAGGUGGUGGAAGUCUUGGAUUGCAGACACAAGAGUCCAAAAUGCCUCACACUAUGAUUAUGCAAGAUUUUGUGGCUGGAAUGGCUGGCACUGCUCAUAUUGAUGGCGACCAUAUUGUUGUAUCAGUCCCUGAAGCUGUAUUAGUUUCUGAUGUUGUCACAGAUGACGGGAUAACUCUUGAUCAUGGCUUAGCUGCUGAAGUUGUCCAAGGACCAGAUAUCAUCACUGAAACUGAUGUUGUAACAGAAGGUGUAAUUGUUCCUGAAUCUGUGUUGGAAGCUGAUGUUGCUAUUGAAGACGCUUUAGAUACCAGUGAUCAUGUUUUGACUUCUGAUCUAAUAACGGAAACUGUUAGAGUUCCUGAUCAGGUUUUCGUGGCUGACCUUGUUACGGGUCCUGAUGGACAUUUGGAACAUGUGGUGCAAGACUCUGUGUCAGGAGCUGACUCACCUACAAUGGUUUCAGAAGAAGUUCUUGUAACUAAUUCAGAUUCAGAAACUGUGAUUCAAGCAGCCAGUACUGUUCCUGGUUCUACGGUUACAAUAAAAACUGAAGAUGAUGAUGAUGGCAAGAGCACUUCUGAAGACUACUUAAUGAUAUCUUUGGAUGAUGUUGGAGAAAAAUUAGACCAUAUUGGAAGCACACCUUUAAAAAUCAGCACUGAGGUUUCACACGAUGAUGUUUCUAAAGACGAUGGGUUUGGUUCAGAAGUUAUAAAAGUGUAUAUAUUUAAAGCUGAAGCUGAGGAUGACGUGGAAAUAGGAGGAACGGAAAUUGUCACAGAGAGUGACUUUCACAAUGGACAUUCUGUUGCUGGAGUAAUUGAACAGGGAAGUGUAGGCAGAAUGCAGCGAGAGAAGAUGGUUUACAUGGCUGUUAAGGACUCUUCUCAGGAAGAUGAAGAUAUUAGUUGUGCUGAAAUAGCAGAUGAAGUUUAUAUGGAGGUCAUUGUAGGUGAAGAGGAAGCAACAUCACUUCCCGACACACAACUUGAAGACUCUGGUGUGAAUAAAACUUUUGUUCCUGUUGCUUGGGCUGCUGCUUAUGGAGAUGAAAGAAGACUGCCCAGAAGGUAUGAAGACUGUCAAGCAGCAGGAAAUAACUUGGAUACACGAUUAGAAAACAAAAAUGGUAAUGCAGCACAGUACCUGCAAAUCUGUGAUAGCAUUAACACAAAUAGAGCGCUUAAACAAAAAGCCAAGAAGAGGAGGAGGGGAGAAACCAGGCAGUGGCAAACAGCUGUUAUAAUAGGUCCUGACGGACAGCCCUUAACUGUCUACCCUUGUCACAUAUGUGGGAAAAAAUUUAAAUCCAGAGGAUUCCUGAAAAGGCAUAUGAAGAACCACCCAGAUCAUAUGAUUAAGAAGAAAUACCAGUGUACGGACUGUGACUUUACAACUAACAAAAAAAUAAGUUUCCACAAUCAUCUGGAAAGCCAUAAACUUAUAAAUAAAGUUGACAAAACCCAUGAGUUUACAGAAUAUACAAGGAGAUACAGAGAGGCAAGCCCAUUGAGUUCUAAUAAACUGAUAUUGAGGGACAAGGAGCCUAAACUACACAAAUGCAAGUACUGUGACUAUGAGACUGCAGAACAGGGACUGCUGAAUAGACAUCUGCUUGCAGUUCACAGCAAGAACUUUCCUCAUGUUUGUGUUGAGUGUGGGAAAGGAUUCCGUCAUCCAUCUGAGCUUAAAAAGCAUAUGAGGACCCACACAGGGGAAAAACCGUACCAGUGUCAGCACUGUGUCUUCAGAUGUGCUGAUCAAUCCAAUCUGAAAACACACAUAAAAACCAAACAUGGGACUGAUUUACCAUUUAAAUGUGAACAUUGUCCCCAAGCAUUCACAGAUGAAAAAGAACUUCUUCAGCACACAGAGUUAUUUCAAGGACAUAAGACUCAUCAAUGUCCACAUUGUGACCAUAAGAGCACCAACUCAAGCGACCUGAAACGACACAUUAUUUCCGUUCACACGAAGGACUUUCCCCACAAAUGUGAGGUGUGUGAAAAAGGCUUCCAUCGUCCAUCUGAGCUCAAAAAGCAUAGUGAAACCCACAAAGGUAAAAAGAUACAUCAGUGUAGGCACUGUGACUUUAAAACUUCAGAUCCUUUUGUACUUAGUGGGCAUAUCCUCUCAGUUCACACCAAGGACCUGCCUUUUAAAUGCAAAAGGUGCAAGAGAGGAUUUAGGCAGCAAAAUGAACUUAAGAAGCACAUGAAGACCCACAGUGGAAGAAAAGUGUAUCAAUGCCAGUAUUGUGAAUAUAGCACUACGGAUGCAUCAGGCUUUAAACGACAUGUAAUAUCAAUACACACAAAAGACUAUCCACACAGGUGUGAAUACUGCAAAAAGGGAUUCCGUAGACCAUCAGAAAAAAAUCAACAUAUAAUGAGGCACCACAAAGAGGCCAUAAUGUAAUAUAUGAUGUUGAGAAGGAAGCAAUUUAGAAACUGUGAUAUGCUAAUUGGGGAAAAAAAUCUCAUGAACUGUUUCUCCUGGUUUCAAAGCUUGAUAUUAAAUCAUAACUUUACAUUCUUUGUAUUAAAAGUCUUAAAAGUAUUAAGGUUGACAGGGAUCUCAUAGUCCUAUGAUUGUGGCUUAUCAGAACCUAAAGAGCACUAUAGAAUGCAGAAAGAUGGAUGAAUGUCUGAAAGGUUGCAGAAGGAUUGCUGAAUGUCUUCUAUUUAAUAGUAUUAUACAUUGUUAAGCUACAGAAGAGAUAAUGAAGACGAUUGUGUUAUCCAUUUAAUCAGUAACAGCAUUUGUCUCCAAUAUGAAAACUUCAAUUGUGGUGGGGUUAUUUACAAACUCUUUGUCAGGGCAACCAAUUCUGGCUUUUUAUGCAGUUUUGAAAAGAAUAUAAGUCAAUCACUUGGUCAUUAUGUUUUUAAAUUGUGCCUGGAAAUUGUAUUCCAGAACUGGUCAAAUUUGGGGGUUUCUCCCAUUUUUCUUUAACAUUUCAUUGGGAAACCUUUUUGUUUCCUUUAUUAGUCUAGGUUCAGUGAGUAAUUUUUUAAAACUAUUUUCAGAGCUGCUAACCUAUUUUAUGGCAGGAUAUGAUGUUAAAAAUAUUGCAUUAUGUUAUGAGCUCAAAGGUGGUGUUCCGGUGCUAGGGUUAAAAAUAUGUAUGUAUAUAAUUUCCCUUUUUUAUCUGAAACUGCAGUUGAAUGUUUAGUAUGGCACAUGACAAAUACCUUUUGAAUCUGUCAUUUCUUUUAAAAGAAAAAUGAAUGCAGCUUGUAGUGUUGUCUCAACACUGUUUUUUUUAUUUUUUUUCUUGCUACUUUAAGAUCUCUAAAAAGAGUAUUAAAAAAGAUUCAAAGAACACAAUAGUUUUCUUGAAUUAAAAUACAAAAUACUUAGAAGUUCUUUAGGGCAGUGUUUAUAACAGGUAUGCCUAUUCUAGUCCUACCUGCUAAUAUAAAAUUUUCAGUAUAGACAUAAAAUUGCACCUUUUAAUUAAUUCUUUAAAAAUCUCUACCAUACUAUAAACAUGCAUUUUCAAUCUGUAAGAAAGUAUAUAUGCAGUAUUUAACCAGAAAAAUAUGCUGCCACUAGAGUUUGGAGGUGGAUCUUCAGUUUACAGUGUAUACAUUUAAAAUAUGCAUCCCUUUAAACAAUGCUUUGUGUUAGCAUGCUGCAAAUCAAAUGGCGCUUAAUAUAACAAGCUGGUCUAGGGCUAUUUAAUGAAAAACCUGUUCAUAAAUGUUAUGCAUAUAAUGUGUACUUUUUUACUUUUAGUUGCUUCAUGUUUGCACACAGCUGUUCACAUGAUAAAUUGUAACUUUACUUCAUGCUAUAUUGUGGCUUUGUGUUUCAGAUAAUGUUCAUAUUUUGUUUUUGCACCAGAUGAGAAUCAGUUCCUUGAGAAUAAAUUUUUUUUAUAUUUCUAAACUUCAGAAAGCUAAAUUGGGAAAUCUCUUAGAAAAAUAAGUGUUUUAUGUGGCUGUAAAAAAUGAUGUACACGCUGUAAAAUAAGAUUAUCACUGUUACGUGAGAUUAUUAUUUCUAAAUGUGUUACUCAUCGUAAUGAGCAUACAAUAAAAUGCAUCUCUUGCACUCCAAGGUU